GCUCAGCACCCUGUAGUUGUUGACAACUUUGAUGUUUUGAGCAGACGUCCGCAGUCUUGUCCCAUCUCUUCGUGACUUUCAGAGUGAAACACUCUCCUGUAAUCUUGCUCUUUCGAUCUUUCCAAUAAAUUUGGAGCGAUGGGUUGUGAUGGUGGCACUAUUCCUCGAAGAGACGAACUUGUUCGAGUUAAGAAGAAGCCAGAACAGAAAGACAAAGAAGCAGAGUUGGCAUUCAGGUGGAGGCAUUGCACCAUAAAACAACUUCCUCUCCAGCCCCCAAUAGUUGCUUGCUCCCUGGGUAAACUCUAUAGUAAAGAAGCAGUCAUCGAGGGUCUUCUGGAUCGCUCAACACUACCAGACUCUGCACUUCAUAUAAAAAACCUAAAAGACGUUAAGCCUCUGACUCUCACUCCAAAUCCAGCUUACGAUGCGAAUAAAGCUGAAACUGGGGAUGGAUAUGCAGAUGGAGGAAAGAGUCCUUUCAUCUGUCCAGUGAUUGGACUUGAAAUGAAUGGAAAAUAUAAAUUCUGCGCCUUGUGGACUUGUGGGUGUGUUAUGAGUGAGAGGGCUUUGAAGGAAGUUAAAAGCUCGGUAUGCCACAGAUGUCAGAAACCCUUCGAACCUUCGGAUGUCGUAAUCCUGAAUGCUGAAGGAGACGACCUGAAGCGUAUGGAAGACAACGCAGCUGCUCGAAAGCUGUCAAAAAAGUCUAAAAAGAAGAGAGAAACGAGCACGGAGACUUCAAAUGCCGAGGACUCAUCCUCAAGAGCAAAAAAACCGAAAAUUAAAAAAGAAGAAAAGGCUGGACCGAGCAGACCCAGAGUCGAACCGCAAGAUCCAGCCUUCAAAAAAGCAAAAGAGGAUUAUAGCGUUGCCAAGGAUCCAACGGCCUCUGAAGUCCUGAAGAGCAUAUUCACGACUCACAAGACAGCUUCAGAACAAACGAGGGCACAUUGGGUGACAUACAAUCCAUUCUACAACUGAUCAAAUGAUUAAUCAGAUCUAUAACUAGAAAUUAUUGAAAUUGCAAUUAUUUAAGUCUAAUUAACAACAUCUUAUCAAAGGACUGAUGAUUUAUGGAUAACUUUGAAUCAGGUAAUUAAAAAGAUUACACGUCCAUUUUUUUUUCAACGUGAAUUUAAUAUUGUAAAGAUAUUCCCUAAUUAAUUAAAGAUAGUUUAUCAAAACAGUCUCCCCCUAUUAAACAUUCAGUCAAUUGAAUGAUGAAUAAACAAGUCCUUUGGAUUGGACGGUUGGUUAUAACAAAGU